AUGUCUUCUCCAUUCAUGGGCCUGACAGGACGAGCAUUGCGUCUUGCGCAAGUUACGCUUGUUGUCGCCCCUGCCUUUUUCCUCUUCGGUUAUAAUCAAGCCGGUGUUGGCCCUUUAGCAACUCUGCCUAGUUGGGUUGAAACUUUUCCUCAGAUCGACACAAUCAACACUGAGGGUGCUGUCAAAUCCCAUAACUCCACUAGCAAAGGUGCUGUGAUUGCUUCCUUUCAGAUCGGUGCUCUGAUCGGAGCUCUCUCUUGCACUCUCUUGUCUGACCGUCUCGGUCGCCGAAAGACAAUUUUCCUUGGUGCCAUCCUGUCUGUUAUCGGUCAGGUCUUGCAGACCUCUGCCUAUUCCUUGAUUCAAUUUACUGUGGGCCGCAUCAUACUCGGCAUGGGAGUUGGUCAAAUCAGUGUUGCAGUACCAGUUUGGCAAUCUGAAUGCUCUUCUGCAAAGAGCAGAGGUCAGCAUGUCAUCGUCGAUGGUAUCUUCAUGUGUCUUGGUUAUUCUUUAUGUAACUGGAUCGACUUUGGUUUCAGCAAACUUUCUGGUACCAACACUGGACAAUGGAGAGGACCGCUUGCGUUGUCAUUCCUCCCGUCCUUGAUGAUCCUGGCAUCGGUAUUCUUCUUACCCGAAUCCCCUCGCUGGUUGGUUCGCGUCAAUCGUUCCGAUGAAGCCACUGCCAAUCUAGCUGCUCUCAAGGGCACUACGCCAGAUGACUCGGCAAUCGAGGUAGAGAUUUCGGGCAUUCAACUAUCAUUCGAAACCACUGCUGAAUCGAAGGGAGUUCUUCGGGAGAUCUUCUCAAAGAAUGACGACGAAAGGCUUCUUUAUCGAUUCGGUCUGUGCAUCGUCCUCCAAUUCUUCCAACAAAUGUGCGGUGGAAACCUGAUUUCGGUCUAUGCCUCGACAAUCUUCCAGGAGAACUUGAACCUAGGCUCGAGCCUAUCAAAAAUUCUCGCAGCAUGCGCCCUGACUUGGAAAUUCCUGGCCUGUUUCAUUGCUUUCUUCACCAUUGAUCGCCUGGGCCGUCGUGCUGUAUUCAUGAUCAGCGGUGCUGGAAUGGCCGUUUGCAUGGCAGCGCUGGCUAUAACAACCAGCUUUGGCAGCGAUAAUAAGCACGCGUCAAUUGCAUCUGCGUUCUUCAUUUUCUUGUUCAAUAUGUUCUACCCCAUCGGCUUCCUUGGCGGCAAUUUCUUGUAUUGCACAGAGGUUGCCCCGGUGCGUCUGCGAGUGGCCAUGGCUGCUAUCUCAACCGCGAACCACUGGCUCUGGAACUUCGUUGUGGUCAUGAUAACCCCAGUGGCAAUAGACACGAUUGGGUACAGAUAUUAUAUCAUGUAUGCAAUCUUGUCGGCCUGCAUUCCUGUCCUGGUCUAUUUCUUCUACCCGGAGACCAUGAACCGCAAUCUGGAGAUGCUAAACCAUGUGUUCCGGGAUGCCUCUUCUCCGUGGCAAAUUGUGUCUAUGGCGCGGAAUUUGCCCCAGGGCGAAGUCACACCCGCUGAGCUCAUCGCCAAAAACAAAGAGAAGGAUGAUGGAUGCUCGUUGGAGAUGAAAGAAAAUGCUUGA